AUGCCGCGGAAGAACAUCUCGAUGAUCCGACGGACAUCAAAUCGAGGCGAGAAACCACAGCCUUCAGAUAAUGGCAGCUCUGCCAUGCCGCCUCCAUCUCCUACUCCACCUUCACCCAAAGAUACUAUGAAAAUUAAUCCAUUGCCGCUGGAUGAAAUUCGCGGAAAACUCUUCGUUCUCCGAGAAGAUUUGGACUUUGAUUGGGAGCCCAGUAAUAAUGCUGUUUUGAAACUGUUGUUUUCAUUACGGCUUUCUGCUGCAUUAUGGAGCAACAUUAGUGACUGUGAUGAG